AUGUUUACUCCUAAGACAUCGGCGCCUGCCACAGGCGGACUUUCGCUGACCACAAAUUCUUUGUUGUGGGUGCCUCCUUCCCAUCUGUCUUCGUCUUUCGGCGGCAACACAACCUCAUCUACAGCUACUCCAGGCGCGACGAGUAGUCUUUUCGGGAACACCGCAAACUCAACCACACCUAAGCCAGCAGGAAGCUUGUUUGGCGCCCCAGCGGCAUCGGCUGCUGGAACCACACCACAAUCUCAACCGACCGCACCCAGCAUGUUCGGAGGUCAACAACAGACUGGCAGCAGCCUUUUCGGUUCCUCAACUACCCCAGCCACAAAACCUGCUGGAAGCAAUCUGUUCGGUGGGGCAACUGCUGGCGCUGGCACCAGCACUACCCAGGGAACAACUGGCGGUAGCUCUUUGUUCGGCGGCGGCACAUCUACGGCGCAAACUCAAGCGAAGCCGGCCUUCGGGGGUCUCGGUGGUGGCCUUGGGGGCGGUGGUCUCGGGGGCGGACUUGGUGGAGGAUCAACAGGAGGAGCUACUGGGGGUCUAUUCGGUGGAGGUCAGAACACAACCCAACAGCAACAGCAGCCUCAAAAACCUUCUCUUGGUAUCUUCGGCCAAUCGGCAGCUGCCCCGAGCACACAACCAACGCUGCAACAGAGUACAGCUACCAGCACAGUGAUUCCGGGUGUGAAAGUCGACGUGAGCAACCUGCUGCCUACCACGAAGUUCGAAAGCUGUGCCGACGAGAUUCGAAGCCAAAUCGAGGCCAUCGACAAACACAUUCUGAAUCAAAUGAAGAUGUGCCACGAGGUCGGGGAUCUACUUCCCACCAUUGAACAGCAGGGUGCUACAAUUCCCAACGAUGUGGAAUUUGUGCAAGGCAAAUUAGAGACCAUUCAGCAUGCACUCGAGAACGAUGCCAGUGACAUUGAUGGGCUGCGCAGCCUUGUUACACGGGAUGCGGCCGAGGCCCAAGUUGCAUUCCGCGCUAUUGAUACCUUGAAGCUGCCCCUACAAUACCAAACGACUGCCCGCGGCGGAUGGUGGUCUGUGCAAGAUCAACAAAUUCCGGAGCGAUCCAUGCGCUCCAGUCGCAAAAACACUCUGGCUCUUCCCGAUGGCGUGGAAGGCGACUCAUCUGCGACAGAUAUCAACGGUGUUCCCGUCAACCUGGUGGACUAUUUCUCCCACCGCACCAAGGAGAUGCACGAAGUUCUUGGGAAAUUUACCGGCAACCUCAAGGAGAUCGAGGACCAUCUUCAUGGUGUUGAGGCCAAUCUCAAUCGCCAGAUCAGCGACUUUGUGAGCUCCAAGUCUCGUGAUGCCGGCGCGGGGGCACCCCGUUCUACCAAGGCGGAUCUUGCUGCGGUCCUCACAGAUGUGGAGACUGGCAUUAUGGGCGUUGCCACUCGUUUGAGCAAUGUGUCGGAACAGGUGCAGGAUCUGUCUACUUGA